UCCAGCUUCCUUCCAGCUAGUAUUGGUUUAUUUGAGUGACUGUAGGUGGCCGAUAGUAAAGUCGACAGCCCUUUCUCGCAGUUUUGUCCCUGCGUGACGCCAUGGCGCUUUUUUCGAUGCAACAGGUGUUCGUCUCCGUCGUGCUGGUGCUUUGCCUAUUCGUAGUGAUGCCUAGGAUAUUCAGUGGGGGAGGGAAGUCUCCGCGGAGUGCCAAAACCUCCUCUGGCCGGCCAGCUCCUCAACAGCCCCGACACGGCACAGCUGAAAAAAUUCUGCAUACACCAACAAACUUUGAAACUCCUGAAAGUAAAACAUAUCAAAGCAUCCAGCAAAUGAGAAAUGCAAUGGAGAAGGAGUUGAAGACUGAACGGACUAGAGACAACCGCAAAGACUUUGCAUUAACCCUAAUGCCGCUAUAUGCUAUAAGCGUGGGUGUGUUUGCUUUAUACAAAUUCUUAAAGAUGAAAUCACAGGAAGAAAAUUUAUCAAAAAAAGAAAAAAAUGCAGAAGAAAAAACAAAAGAAACAGACGAUCAACUUUUGGAAUUGGAGCAACAUCUUGCACAAACAGAAAAAAUGUUAAAUUCAUUAUUGACUCAGUUAGAUCCACUUUCAAGCUGUAUUAAUACUUUGGCUUCUGAGCAGAAAGAUGAAAUUAUGGAACAACUUGAGUCUAUUAGAAAACUGAUGAAAGAAAGUGGAUUAGACAAAUCGGCCAUGAAACCACAAGAUAUUAGCCACCAUACAUGCCAAGAGAAACUUGAAGAUCUAAUACAGUCAUUCAGCGAACAUCCGGAAGCAAAAAUAGAUGAGGAUAUUUAUGAAAAAUGUGAGCAUGAUACCAUAUUUGAAGAUACGGAAGAGUUUUAUGGUAUAAAAAAGUAUCAGCAUUUUGAUCAUGAAUACUUACUUAGUACCAUGGAAAAACCAAAGAAGAUGGAAGUAACCAAUCAAGAUAUAACAGAAUUAAAUAUUGGGUUAAGAAGACGUCUUAGGAACGAAUAAACGAAUUGUAAUGAAUAUUGGACUUACUAUACAACACAUUUUAAAAAUUUAAAAUAUAUUCACCAUAACUGCUGUAUGUUUUAAAAUGAUAUAUUUAUGAACAUUUUCUAUUUAUUCUGAAUAAAAUAAUCUCUGCAUAUACUGCACUGAAAAUUCUACCCAG